ACUGCGCUGCCCAGUAUGGCCACACAGAGGUGGUGAAGGUUCUUCUGGAGGAGCUGACGGACCCUACCAUGCGCAAUAACAAAUUCGAGACUCCCCUGGACCUGGCCGCACUCUAUGGGAGGCUGGAAGUUGUGAAGAUGCUCUUGAAUGCUCACCCCAAUCUUUUAAGCUGCAACACUAAGAAACACACUCCCCUGCACUUGGCGGCUAGGAAUGGUCACAAAGCUGUAGUCCAUGUCCUCCUGGAUGCUGGCAUGGAUAGCAACUAUCAGACUGAAAAAGGCAGUGCUUUGCACGAAGCUGCUUUGUUUGGCAAGACAGAUGUAGUGCAAAUCUUGCUGGCUGCAGGUAUAGAUGUGAACAUAAAGGAUAACAGAGGUCUGACAGCUCUGGAUAUUGUGAGGGAACUUCCUUCUCAGAAGAGCCAACAUAUAGCAGCUCUCAUUGAAGAUUACACAAUUGGGAAGAAAAGUGCCAAAGCUGCAGAGAAGACUGUUCAAGCACCGCUUGUUGCAGCCACUGAUUCUGUGUGCCGGAUAUCUCAGGGUGAUGUAGAGAAAGCAGUGACAGAACUGAUCAUAGAUUUUGAUGUGAACCCAGAAGAGGAAAGCCCAUAUGAAGCUUUAUACAAUGCGACGUCCUGCCACUCUCUGGACAGUCUUGCCAGUGGGAGAUCUUCAGACCGAGAGUCUGUGAAUAAGGAAGUGGAAACAAGUGGCGUUAAAGCAACAGGAGUCAGGCCUAGAGAACGUCCGCCCCCACCUGCCAAGCCACCCCCCGACGAAGAGGAGGAGCAGCAUGUGGAGAAGAAGAUAGGCCACGGUGCUUCCUGCGAGGCCUCUGUUGCACGAAGGAAGAGCAGGGGAAGUGGAGCUGAGGAAGAGGAGCAUCCUUAUGAGCUGUUGCUUACAGCAGAAACUAAAAAGCCAGUUGCAGUGGAGAGAAAAACAAAAGACCACAGGAGGAGCAGUGGCAGCCGCAGCCAAGACUCUGUAGACGGCCAGGACAUCCAGGUUCCCGAGCAGUUUUCUGGGUUGCUUCACGGUUCUUCCCCCAUCUGUGAAAUAAGUGAGGACCCUUUCAGGCUUGUUUCUUCCGUGGAGAAAGGAGGCGCUGAAGGUACGAGCCACCCACCUGCUAUGCAGCUGGAGGACGCAGACUUGCCUGCUCCUGCAUCAGUACGGACCAGCUCUCCCGACCAAAACUCGCAAGCAGUCUACGCAACCGUCCAGCACUCGCACACCAACCGGGCGGAUCCUGAAACUCUAGUCACACCCCAUGUGCUGCAGCACCCCGGCGGUGCCGAGGACGAGGGGGACAGAGGUGGCGCUGUGGGCCGAGCCCACCCGGGGAGCAAGCCCAAAGCCGAGCUCAAACUCAGCCGCAGCUUGUCCAAAUCGGACUCUGAUCUUCUGACCUGCUCUCCAACAGAGGACGAUGCCAUGGGGAGCCGGAGCGAAUCGCUCUCGAACUGCAGUACGGGGAAGAAGAGACUGGAGAAGUCCCCGUCCUUUGCUUCGGAGUGGGAUGAGAUUGAGAAAAUCAUGAGUUCCAUCGGCGAAGGCAUUGACUUUUCUCAGGAACAGCAGAGGAUCUCAGGUUCGCGGAUGCUGGAGCAGAGUGUCGGGGAGUGGCUGGAGUCCGUUGGCCUGCAGCAAUAUGAGAGUAAGCUGCUUUUGAACGGCUUUGAUGAUGUCCGCUUCCUGGGCUGCAACGUUAUGGAGGACCAGGACCUGCGGGAGAUCGGCAUCAGCGACCCGCAGCACCGCCGGAAGCUCCUGCAGGCCGCUCGCUCCCUCCCGAAGUUGAAACCUCUGGGCUGCGAUGGGAACAGCCAGCCUUCAGUUCCCGCGUGGCUCGACUCCCUGGGACUGCAGGAUUACAUUCAGUCCUUCCUCUCGAGUGGCUACAGCUCUAUUGACACUGUGAAAAACCUCUGGGAGCUUGAAAUAGUGAAUGUGCUGAAAGUGAAUCUGCUCGGCCAUCGGAAGAGGAUCAUUGCCUCCCUGGCAGACAGGCCCUACGAGGAGCCACCGGCCAAGCCGCCUCGGUUUUCACAGCUGAGAUGCCAGGAUCUGAUGUCCCAGACGUCAUCACCCCUGAGCCAGAAUGACUCCUGCACGGGCAGAUCCGCUGAUCUCCUGCUGCCCUCUGGGGACACUGGGAAGAGGCAACACGACCGUGGCAGUGAUGUUGCGCCGUACCCCAGAGCUGAGCGUUACAAACCACAGGAGGACCGCCGUGAAUCAAAGCUGACCCUGCGCCCCCCGAGCCUGGCUGCCCCAUAUGCCCCAGUCCAAAGCUGGCAGCACCAGCCAGAGAAGCUCAUCUUCGAGUCCUGCGGGUACGAGGCUAAUAAAUCCACAGAACAUAUGAAGAAGAUCCCGACCAUAAUACUGUCCAUCACAUACAAGGGGGUGAAGUUCAUUGAUGCAUCUAACAAGAAUGUCAUUGCUGAGCACGAGAUCCGGAACAUCUCCUGCGCUGCUCAGGACCCUGAGGAUCUCUGCACGUUCGCCUACAUCACCAAGGACCUGCAGACCAGUCACCACUACUGCCACGUCUUCAGCACCGUGGAUGUGAACCUGACGUACGAGAUCAUCCUCACGUUGGGGCAGGCGUUCGAAGUCGCCUACCAGCUGGCCCUCCAAGCCCAGAGGGCGAAGCCUCUGGGUGCUGCAGUGGGAGAAAUGAUUGAAACAAAAUCUUCCAAACCGGUGCCUAAACUGCGAGCCGGCAUGAGGAAAUCUGCACUGGAGCCCUCUGAAGUGGACCAAGACUCCCAGUCUCAUGCCAGUGUCUCCUGGGUUGUGGAUCCCAAACAGGACUCCAAGCGGACCCUCAGCACUAAGUAUGAGACCACUAUCUUCUAAAGCAAACAAACCUUGUGUCCACCUAGUCUAACCGUGCCUUUGCGAUCUGAUCUGUCUGCUGUUCUAAACUCCCUCUUCCUCCAGCUGCUCGCACUGAGCCCCGUGUAGGCACUACGUCAAAGGCAGCAGCACUUAGGAGACUGUAGACUUAAACGGCUUUUGUACCUGAUCACUACUGAACACUGUGAAUUCUCCUUUCUCGGAAAUAAGGGUAACACACCGUUAGAUAUCUGUGAGGUGGGAGGUGCAGAGCUGUGGGAAUCUGAGAUGUGGAUCCAGGAAGCCGCCUGCCAUUUUCACGUCUUUCCCCUCGUUCUGGCACUGUGAAUCUCUGGGGUGACGUGACACUCCCCAGGCCUUUUUUCUAUUUCACAUUCUUAUCCUUGGACUGAUGGAGACCUCUUGUCUCUGCGGUGCACACGCUCCCUCUUCCUAGAUUCUCUGCUUUCCAGCUGAGCCACAGCUGCAUACUGUUCCAGUGAACUCACCCCUCUUUUUACCUGUCAUUUGAAUUGACACUAACCACUGUGAUACUGCCUGCAAAUAACACGUUCACUAGAUUUCCUGGUGGGGACCCUGCCCACAAUUUCUCUCCUUGAAACCUAGAGCAGAAAAUCUGGCUGCACGCUCUGAUGGGAGCACUGGUUUGGGCUGGGUGCAGUCGUUCCCACUGUGAGCUCUGAUCCUUCUGGGAGAUCAGGCGUGCAGGCCUCUGGGCAGUGCCCUGCAGAGGCUUUCUGGUUGCAUGCAUUUCAGUCCCUUGUAGGAUUUGCCUCAUAGACUUUCUGUUUACACUCACCAAACUUCUUGUGAGCUGUGGGCGUAGUUCUCAUUUUCCAGACUGUGAAGAGGUUAAGCUUUUAAAGGCACAUGUUGUUAGCACCGUGUUGGGAAGGAAAAGUGCUUGAGGAAGGCUGGAUACUGUGGCGCAUUAGAUGUCUGAUAAAGCAGGCAAAGGUUUGCUGUGUUCAGCAGUUUACUGCAAUUUUACUUUUUUACCAAAGGGAGAAAUGUAAUUGAAAUCAGUCUGCUGCUGAUCCCAAGACUUAUUUUCAGUCUACAAAACAUUGCAUGAUGAGGGCUAUAGGGAUCUUGAAACAUCUGUCACCUUCCAUCCUUGAGUGUGAGGAUUUCACUUGGAGAUGGCCUGUAUCAGUGGGCAUCUCUGCCUUUGCUUUUUCAAGGUGUUUCUUAAGUGUAGACUAUUUCCCUCUGGGAGCACGUCCCCACUUCUGUGUGUUUCAGCAGAAGCUGCCUUUAAUUGCUGAAUAUGACUGGGGAUCCUUUGCAUUUUCAACUGCAGGGCACUUGCUGCAUUGGUCAGAGCAGAGCUGGGACAGGUCUGGGUAUGCUGUAGGGCCGUUCAGAGCAGCUCCCUGCGAAUUCCCGAGCAAGCUGUCCAUUAGACUAACCCCCGUUCCUUCACUUGGAUGUGCAAAGUUCAAUGAGAUGAAACUGAGGAGGAGAACGAUCUGGUGGUUAACUCACUGAUGUGCAGUGAGUCUAAGUAACUCGGCCUCUCUUUACCUCAGUUUUUCCAUUUAUAUGAUGGGGACAAAACUCACCUACCUCACAGAGAGGGUGUGAGGCUUACUCAGUGUGCUAUUUUAAGUCCCUUUAGUGAAAGGCUUCCACAUAGUGACAGCAAACCCAUUACGCUCAGCUUCGUUCUCCUGAUGCAUGAAAUACUUAACUCACAGAGACAGUCCUGUAGCAGACCUGCAUCCUGGACGCUGACCAGCUUCUCAUGGACAGCAGCUGUUGCACCUUUCCCGGGGCGCUGCUGAGCAGCUGGGACAGCGUGAGGAGGGCUCUAGCUGGGCGGCGUUUGGACUGCACAAAACUUGCUAGUGUGCAGCCUUAAUAUGAGUGUCUGAACUCACCCUGGGUCUGGCAUCACUGGCAAGAUCCCCUCACAGUCCAGUUUUGCAGAGCCAGCGAGCCUGUAUUAGGACAAGAGCUAUGAAGAAAGGUGGACAGCACCUACCUGCACCUUCUCAUCUCUGCGUGACAGGUCUGCAUGGACUCUUAAACAUGGGGAGGAGGGUGCACACAUAUCUCCAGCAACGCUCCGUGUUUCUAAACAAGCUUUUAGAAUUCACCCCAAAUCUCCCUUCCUGACAACCAUGUCAUAUGUAUCGGUAGUGACUGGUCAGAACAGCAAAGCUGGCUGGCUUACAGCUGUUACUUAGGGGUUUAUCCUACAGCUUGCAGAGCUGUGGAACAAGUUUGUGUCUUUUGGGACUGUAGGUCUAUAGUCUCGCAGCUUCUGUUUCCCCAGACUUGUAGUGGAAUCUGAUGUUUCAAAAUCUGUAUUUAGCUCUUUCUCAGGAAUGAGUUUGGUCUCCCCUGUCUGUUGUGGCUUAAUGUCACUGAGUGGCAAACUGACUUCAAGCUAAGGGCUAGGCUAGUAAGAAUCCAAGUGAAAAGGACUCAAAGGACCCUCUUAAAGCCCUAAGAGGAAAACUGUCUUGUACCUAUAUUUCACGUGCAAUGGAGCCCCUUAAUAUAGAGCCAAUGGCUCCUCUGCCUAAAGACCUCAGAAGCAGAGCGGUGGUGCUGCGGCUGCCCAAGGUGCUGCAGUGCCAUCUCAUGGCUGGAGCGUCAUGGGCUGCAGAAUACUGCAGUGUUUGAGGUGCUCGGAUAGAUGGGAUUUGAGUUUGAUAUAUUGGCUUCGCAUCCUUCCAAGCUGUAAAAGUGUGUCCUGAGGGGUUUUUAUAUCCUUCAAAGGGAACCUGAAUUGGUAAUAGCGACGGUUGUGUGGUUUCUACUUGUAAGCGUUUACCCUGCAGUUGCCUGCGCAUAUACCUCGUUUUAGAGGGUUUGAGCUCUUGCAACUCCUCCUGUUUUCAGCCGGGAACAGCAGGUUCCUCAACACCUCUUAAAACUAGGUCCCAAAUGCAUGUGCCUUUCUAAGGGUGACCAUCCGAGUACAGCUGGGAUCACAGGCCCAUCUGCCUCAACUACAAAGCUUCUGCUGCAUCCAUAGCGCUCACAGCUUUGUCUCAUCCCCUGGCUCUAUGCCUCGUCUUUCCCAGCAUUUGGUUUUUGUAUGACUUGUAAAUCAUUCAUUCCAUUAUCUUCCUUUCUGUUUGCCUCUGAAAAGCUGAUCUCCAGGCAGCUGUCUCCUACCACGGAAAUGUAGUAACGGGGCAGAGACCUAAGAAGCAGUGGCCUGCUGACACGAAGAUCAUCUCCAUCUGGCACUGGUGUCUGCCUCUGAGUGUAUGCAUGGCUGCUCAGUGAGGGCUUCCAAGGCAGAGGGGGGAAGGGAUCCCAGCAACCAGCUGAGAAAAGCAGCUCUCCAUUUCUAGCAAAGGAAAGUUGAGUCUUCUGGGGCCGAGAGCGAUUGUCACGUUUUCUAGUUUGAGACAAACUCCUUUCAAAUCGGUUCUUUUUACAUGCAAAAUGAUACAGAGCAAAACAAGUUCACAGUUGAAAUGUAGCAUUACAGAUUUCUGGUGAGGGAAAAAUCCUUAUUUACUGAGAAUCCACACAGUACUGUCUGUCCGACAAGGAGUACAAUAGAUAGUCUUAGCAGUGGGAGUGAUGUGUGCAUCUCUAAUGGUACUUAAAUUUGCUUCAAUUUGGGGUGAACAGUAGAGAAUGCCAAACUCUUGGAAAUAACUUCCUCCAGCGUGAGAAGUCCUGCAAGGUAGGUCUGCAUCCUUUGUUUUCAAAGCCACUCCGAGCUUUUAUAACAUAUGGAAAUAACUUAGGGAAAACAGUCUGCAAAGGAUCUCACCCCAGAGUGGUUAUGGCCAAGUAUUACCGAUGGUACAAAGCUUGCUUUCCCUACAGAGAACUGUUGCAUUGCAAUACUUGACAUUUCUAUGGCAAGGACACAAUUUUUUUUCCCCCAUUUAUGCACUGAAUACCUGGAGAGGACUCCGUUCUCCAGCCUCUCGUGCACCUGUCAUGUUUUUAAAUGCAGUUAUGCCCUGAAGAGUUGGGAAGUUUUAUGUUUAUACAGUUGUGACUUAGCACUUUUUCAAUACUAGCUCAUUUUUAAUUAGUGCAACAGUUUCAGAAGAUGAACAAAUAAGGAGUUAAAUUCUGGGCUUUACACUGAAACAGCCCAUACCUGAGGAUAAAUCAAAUCAACUGAAGGAUGGCUUGACCCCAGUCAAAGUCCUGUAUCCCCAAAUGCCACCAUCUUGAAGGUGCUGUGUACUUAAGUUUCUUUUGAAUUACCAGAAUAUUUAACAGUACUUUUGGCUGUGACUAAACUGAUGUGUUUCCACAGUACUGUUUCCCUUGAGGGAGAGGUGUUAAAAUGGCUAUGACUUUUAAUUCUUGAGAUGCAAAAAUGUAGCACAGCACACUUGUUAUAAUCUCGACAGGCAUUGUAAUAGUUGGGGAUGUGGUACCCUGCUGCUUUAUUAGAAUGAUAUGCCCUAGUAAUUUCUGUUUAACUCCAUUUGCUGCUGUAUUUCAGGAUUUCAUUUAGUCUCUCUAGCCUGUAAGACUGAGAGAGCAGUGAACCAUAAUCCCAAGGGCAUAGACUUGUAAAUGAUUAGGAAGGGGAAGUGGAGUUUUUUUUUAAUUUGAUGAGUUUAGGAAACCUUACAUUCCUUGUUAUGCAUAUGUUGCAAUUCAUACUGGUGUAAGUGUAAAUAUUUGGUGUGUUGGCAACAAGUCUUUUUGGAGAGAUUGCAAAUUGAACCUCUGCUUGGGAGGAGGGACACAUUUCUUUUUCGAUGCAUGAGCUUUUGAAGGUUGGCUUGGAGGUGAAGUGGUGAUGAAGACUCCAGUCUUCAAGGGGCUGGACUUCCGUGACCCUGGUGGUCCUUUCCAGUCCUGUGUAUAAAUCUUAUGGUUGUCUUUAGUGAUCCAGCAGUUCUUUAGCCAGAUACUCGCUUUUUCACUUCAUAGACAAAGCAAUUACUUUGGCAAUUUAUCUCCCCUUUCAUUUUGGCAGUUUUUUUUUCAAGGUACUUGUGUGCUGGAGACUGAUCCUGGACUAUGCCUGUAAUUUCUAGUAAUUUGAUAAUCUGUCCAUUACACAGUAUUCAGGCUCUUCCUCCUUACAGGGUUUCAUGGUAUCUGGAGGAAAGUGCUCUAAAUUUCUGGUGCUGAUAGGACUUCAAAUAAAAACGUGUCUGCGUUACUACCUGCUUGUGAAAAGGUGGCACCAUCUUGGGUUUUGUUCCCUUUUUCAAGAACAGAUUGUAUUUUAGAGACUUCCAUUUGUAUGUGGCAUGAGUCCAGGCUGGGAACUCAAGACAGAUAAACUAAGAUGCAUAGCUGAUUGUCUUUUUUAACUAUAGGAGGGGAUUUUUUUUUUCAAAUGAAAGCUGCUUUAUACUUUUUAAUUUUAUACUUACAAAAAAUGCUAAUCUUAGCUGUUCAGAUGUCUUUGAACUUGCUUGGAGCUUUUUUCUUUUUAGAAGAAAAAUUGAUGCAACUUGUGGGGUAUGUGCCUGUUCCCCUUCUGGGGAGAAAGAUAUCGCACCUUCCAGGACGUACCUCUAAUGAAAUGUUUAUACCUUCAUAAGGUUGCUGUGAGACACAGACCGGAUGCCAAAUAGUACCUUCAGUUCUGUGUAUAGCUGAAGUGGACUCAGUUGCUUUAAUGCUCCUUCCACACCACUUCAGAAAUUUCUAGCAGCAGAAUUUUCCCUGGCUUUCUUGUGCUCGCAUCAUUUCCAUGCAAUCAGAUCUUUAUUUUAGAGCCAGCACGCUGUUUGCAAUGCUGCAUUGUUGCAAAAAAUCUUUUUUAGAUCUCAUAUUGAUAUUAUUUACUGCAUUUUUCAAAAGGAAGUAAAUGUGCUGCUCUUCGAAAAGUAGAUUUAGUGUGACCAUUUUUCUUAUCCUUGGAAGAAAAACCUGAGAUUCCCUAACAGGGCAGAGAACAGUCAAGUUCAGUUUGCAAUGUAGACAUUUUUGCUAAUUGUGAUGUAUGGCAGUGGGACUGAUUUGUAAUACAAAUGUUAUUUAAUCUGUCUGUAUUUUGAUACUUGAAUUUUCUUUUAUUUCCUGUAUAUACAAUUGUUAAUCUGUUCAAAUUUGUCCGAAUUUUAAACAUCUUGUGGUACCAAACAUAACCAAUCUGUGCAACAACAUAGACUGACCUCACUACAACAAGGCGAGAUUGUAAAUAUUCCUGGGCUUCCAGCAGUCGUUUUGUUGUUUCCAUAAUUGUACAACUUAGAACAGACGGAAUUAAUAAACAAACUUAGACACAUA